CUUGUUGUUGUGAAGCUAUUUACUGUGAUAAAACUGGUGUUUGUUGUCAUGAUCAAACCAAUCAACCUGAUCAAUCGGACAUUUUAACUUUAUUUUCAAUCAAUUAAUAACACAAUUUAAUUUCAAGUUUCACAGUUAAAUCUAAUCAAAUUAAACAAUUAUCAAAUUUCAAUCAACUUCAUCAACAUCAUCAUCUAUUAACCAUUGAAUGUCUAACUUCAAUAUAAGCCAAGAAUAACAAGAAUAACAAGAAAAGGUCAACAUCAAAGGUUAACAAGACAAUACAAAUGGACUCUACAGUAACUGCUAUUGAACUUAAUCAUCAUAAUCAUCAUCAUCUAAAUCAUCAUCUUAAUCACUCAUUUGGUGUUGGUGUCUCAGUUGAAGGAGCAUUUAAAAAGUUAAAAGUCGAACCAGGAUUAACCUCAUCAUCAUCAUCUUCACUAGCAUCUUCAUUGUCUUCAGCUUUAUCUACAAUAACUCCAACUACAACUGGUACAGGAACUACUGGUACAAGUGGAACAGGAACAGGAACAAAUAAUUCAACUCCAACACCAAAUUGUCCACCAACACCAGCUCGUAGAAGACAUCGAACAACAUUUACACAGGAACAAUUAACUGAAUUAGAAUCUGCUUUUAAUAAAAGUCAUUAUCCUGAUAUUUAUUGUCGUGAAGAAUUGGCAAGAAUAACUAAAUUAAAUGAGGCUCGAAUACAGGUUUGGUUUCAAAAUCGUCGAGCUAAAUUUCGUAAACAAGAGAAACAAUUACAAAAAGCAUUAUCAGGACCAAGUGCAAGUGUUUUACCUUCAUGUAAUGGCACUUUAAUGAGAAACAUUUAUCAAGCAACAGGAGCAACUCAUCAUCCUGUAUUGAAUCAUCAUCACCAUCAUCAACAUCCAUUGUCUCGUAAUUAUUUAACUCAUCAUCAUGGUCAUCAUCAAUAUAAUGGUAAUGGAUUUAAAGACACAUCAUCACCAUCUUCAGUUUCCCUGACAGGAACAACAACAAAUUACCAUAUGAGUCCAAGUCAACAUUUUACAAUGGGUACAGGUACAGGAACAGUUACCUCGAUGGGCUCAAAUUCAAAUUCAGAUGAUUGGUAUAAUAAAAAUUUUUCUGCAUUAACUAGAAUCAAUUCAACUCCUCACUCAAAUUUAACAAAUAAUCUGACAUCAGGACCAUCAAUGCUUCAAUACACGACUCCAUAGAUUAUGGAUUGCAGAAUUAUCUGAAAAGUCUAUAAUUGAACAAGAAAUAAUCUCAUAAAGUAUAAAGUAAUCUGCUAAUAACAACAGAUUUUAAGAGUAAAAACAGUCGAUUGGUAACAAAUGUUCAAUCAAAUUUCAAAGGAUAUUCAUAUAAAUCUAUUCAAAAGAUGCAAGCGUUGGUGGCUACAUUAUCAUCUAUUUAUGUGAUCAAAAUACGAUGAUUAAUUCCUAUCUUAUUUUAGCAGAAACUUGAAACUAACCUAUACAUUGAUGGUUCAAUGUAAUAGUGUAUAUACCACAUGCUCUCAAUUUGAUGCUGGAGAAGCCUCAAAUAGUAAACCAUUAAGUUUCCAAAUAGAUGAUGAUCCACAUCUUUAAUUCAUCAAUUCAAUCUUGCUACCAAUUACCAAUCAUCUUCUUUCUUCCAGUUAAUAUUUCAGAGUCUCAUCCCUAUCAACAUCAUUGAAAAAAAUCAUUCAUCAACAUCAACUUUCAAGGAUAAGUUUUUAUCCUUCAUCUUCUUUCUAGCUUUUCUUUGUCAGAUCAAUCAAAGAGUUAAAAAGGUACAGUUUCAUUUUUCUUAUUUUACCUAAAUUUCUAUCACAAUAUGUGUGUAUUAAUCUCAAUCUUAUCCCUUG